GAACCAUCGUCACAACAACAGCUCUGUUAGUGGUGCUAGUUUAUUUCCGCCAUUAGGGAGAACUGCACACUGGUGUUAUAUCAUAUCAUAUUAUAUUAUAUUGUAUUGUACUCUCUAAUAUCCAGCUGCCAUGAAGUUUCAGUAUAAAGAAGAGCAUCCGUUCGAGAAAAGGCGUUCAGAGGGGGAGAAAAUCAGGAAGAAAUACCCAGACAGGGUUCCUGUAAUUGUUGAAAAAGCCCCCAAAGCCAGAAUAGGAGACUUGGAUAAGAAGAAAUACCUUGUUCCAUCUGAUCUCACAGUUGGCCAGUUCUAUUUCCUCAUUCGAAAACGAAUCCACUUAAGGGCUGAGGAUGCUCUAUUUUUCUUUGUAAACAAUGUCAUUCCUCCUACCUCUGCAACCAUGGGGCUGCUUUAUCAGGAGCAUCAUGAAGAAGACUUCUUCUUGUACAUUGCCUACAGUGAUGAAAGUGUGUAUGGAGAGUAGAAACAAAGGGAAAAUCCAUUUCCCUUGUACUGUUCCUUCCUUGUAUAAGAGUAUAUAAAUCCAUAAUGGCAGCCCAGAGUUCUUAGAGCUUCUGACAUCAAAUGCACUUUUACUGCCUCUUUUCUUAUUUCUGUUAGUCUUUUCUUUCUGAAGUUUGCUUCUUUUUUUAUUCCGAAUAUGAAGGUUUUGGCAGGUCACUUCACGUCCCCCCCCCCCCCCCCCCCAAAUCAGUUCCCAAAAAUGUAUCAUAACUGUGUAUAACUUAAUGCCAAUAUUAGUCACUAGUACUUUUGAAUAGAACCUUUAAAGACAGUUUGAAAGUUUAUUUGGAUUAAAUUACAAUAGGUCUUGGUUUAACAAAAUCCCAGGACUUCUUUAGGGGCAUUGCCCAUUGAGUGCUGCUGACUUGCUGUUUGUAUUGAAACCAGGCUACAGUACAAUGUCUGUUUUUAUGUUUUAAGUAUGCUAUAGCAGUCAUUCUGAUAUCAAUAUUUAAUGCUAGUGAUUCUUGUACAUUGACAAUUUUGGGCGGACCUUCACCACAGAUUUUAUUUAGCAGAUUUAUUUUUCUUUUUUUUAUUUGAACUCGGUAUUCAGCUGCAUUUCUGGUGCCCUAACUUGUGGUAACCAUAUAAACUAAACAAAGAUUAACCUGU